AUGAUGCUCUCAAGAAUCGGUCGCUCUCUUUCUCGCUCUGCUCGUUCAAAAUUACAAAAAAAUGCAAUUACCACAAGUAAUUAUUAUUGUAAUGCACGGACUGUGUUACUGAAGGAACUAAUUUCGCAAUCGGCAGCACUAGAGAACAAUGGUGCACACGGGUUAGGAAUUGUAAGAGGUUAUUUAUCUUAUGCUGGAGCUGGGAAACAGGUUGUUUCGAGCACGCACUUGUCCAAUUUGAAUUCAAUUCUUGCAAACCCAAGGGUUAGGCGCCUUUUCUGUAGUGAAGCUCCGAAGAAGAGAAACUAUGAGAAUUAUUUUCCAAAGCAUAAGAAGGAAAUUCCGAAAGCAAAGGAGACUAGAUCGGAGUCUAAAGAAGACUCAGGUGGUGCUGGCAGUGGAAAUUCCCAGAACUUCAUGAGGCAGAUUCAAAAUGUUGUCACUCCUUUACUAUUCCUUGCCUUCGUGUAUUCUUCAAUGUUUUUCAAUACUCAAGAGCAGAAGCAGAUUAGCUUCCAAGAGUUCAAGAAUAAGUUACUGGAACCUGGUCUAGUGGAUCGCAUCGUUGUUUCAAAUAAAUCAAUUGCAAAGGUAUAUGUGAAAAACUCACUGCAGGAUGCAAAUCAACACAGUGAUGAUGUUACUAAGGGUCCUGCUACUGGUACCCCUUCCAGAAGGAAUGUUGGCCAGUACAAAUUCUAUUUUAACAUAGGAAGUGUUGAAUCUUUUGAGGAGAAGCUGGAGGAAGCCCAGCAUGCUCUAGGGAUAGAUCCUCAUGAUUUUGUCUCUGUAACUUAUGUGAAUGAAGUGAACUGGUAUCAAGAGUUCAUGAGGUUUGCUCCAACGGUCAUGCUUGUAGGACUCCUGUGGUUCAUGGGGCGAAGAAUGCAGAGUGGCCUUGGUGUUGGUGGUCCUGGUGGACGAGGAGGCCGUGGGAUAUUUAACAUGGGAAAAGCAAAUAUUACAAAGCUGGAUAAGAAUGCAAAAGAUAAGGUAUUCUUUAAAGAUGUAGCUGGCUGUGAUGAGGCAAAGCAAGAAAUUAUGGAGUUUGUACACUUCCUCAAGAAUCCAAAGAAAUAUGAGGAGUUGGGAGCUAAAAUUCCAAAAGGUGCCCUUCUUGUAGGCCCUCCAGGCACAGGGAAAACGCUUCUUGCAAAGGCAACUGCUGGAGAAUCUGGUGUGCCUUUCUUGUCAAUUUCUGGGUCAGAUUUCAUGGAAAUGUUUGUUGGAGUUGGGCCAUCCAGAGUUAGAAGCUUAUUCCAGGAGGCUAGACAAUGUGCACCUAGCAUUAUAUUCAUUGAUGAAAUAGAUGCAAUUGGUCGAGCAAGGGGUCGUGGAGGCUUUUCAGGUGGCAAUGAUGAGCGUGAAAGUACUCUUAAUCAGUUGCUUGUGGAAAUGGAUGGAUUUGGGACCACCUCUGGAGUAGUUGUACUUGCUGGUACGAACCGACCUGAUAUCUUAGACAAAGCAUUGUUGAGACCUGGUCGGUUUGAUCGUCAAAUUACCAUUGAUAAACCUGACAUCAAAGGUCGAAACCAGAUAUUUCAGAUCUAUUUGAAAAAGCUAAAACUCGAUAACAAUCCAUCUUUUUACUCUCAGCGACUAGCUGCUCUUACUCCUGGAUUUGCUGGGGCAGACAUUGCAAAUGUUUGCAAUGAAGCUGCUUUAGUUGCUGCAAGGAAUGAAAGUGCACAAGUAACAAUGGAUCAUUUUGAGGCAGCCAUAGACAGGGUUAUUGGUGGCUUGGAAAAGAAGAAUAAGGUUAUAAGCAAGCUUGAAAGGCGGACUGUUGCUUACCAUGAAUCGGGUCAUGCUGUUGCUGGUUGGUUUUUGGAACAUGCUGAACCCUUGCUUAAGGUAACAAUUGUUCCACGUGGUACUGCAGCACUGGGUUUUGCUCAGUAUGUUCCCAAUGAAAAUCUUCUGAUGACCAAAGAGCAGCUUUUUGAUAUGACUUGCAUGACACUCGGUGGUAGAGCUGCUGAGCAGGUUUUGCUGGGGAAGAUUUCAACCGGAGCGCAAAAUGACUUGGAGAAGGUCACUAAGAUGACCUAUGCCCAGGUGGCAGUUUAUGGUUUCAGUGAUAAGGUGGGCCUUCUUUCUUUUCCUCAAAGGGAUGAUACGUUUGAGAUGAGCAAGCCCUACAGCAGUGAGACGGGGGCAAUUAUAGACUGCGAAGUUAGAGAAUGGGUGGGCAAGGCAUAUGACUUUACGGUUAAAUUGAUAGAGGAGCACAAAGAGCAAGUGGCACAGAUAGCAGAGCUGUUACUUGAGAAGGAGGUUCUACAUCAGGAUGACUUGGUUAGAGUUAUGGGAGAACGACCAUUUAAAACUAGUGAGCCCACAAAUUAUGAUAGGUUUAAGCAAGGAUUUGAACAAGAUGACAAGGAGUCUAAGGAAACGACAAAGGGUGGGACCUUGGAGGAUUCCGGGUCAGCACCUUUGGAGCCGGAGGUUGUCCCUGCAUAG